AUGCCGUGGACAGAAGAGCGGGAAAGCGACGGCGUGAUUGCGGCCCCCUCUCUGGGGAGUGGUCAGCGCAGAGCAGGGACCCUCGGGGAGACGGACCUGCCCAGUGAAGAUGACGCGGGCACCUCGGCGGCCAUGGUGGCGGGCGGCAUCCACCUCCUGGACUUCUCCGACGAGAUCCUGCUGCACAUCCUUGGCCACGUGCCCAGCACGGACCUGGUGCUGAGCGUCCGGCGCACCUGCCGGAAGCUGGCGGCCCUCUGCCUGGACAAGAGCCUCAUCCACACUGUGUUGCUGCAGAAGGACUAUCAGGCCAGCGAGGACAAGGUGCGGCAGCUGGUGAAGGCGAUCGGCCGUGAAAUCCAGCAGCUGAACAUGGCCGGCUGCUACUGGCUGUCUGGUGCCACCGUCGAGCACGUGGCCCGCUGCCGCAACCUGGUGAAGGUGAACCUCUCGGGCUGCCACCUGACCUCCCUGCGCCUCUCCAAGGUGCUGUCGGCGCUGCAGCACCUGCGCUCCCUGGCCAUCGACGUGAGCCCCGGCUUCGACGCGGGCCAGCUGAGCAGCGAGUGCAAGGCCACGCUGAGCCGCGUGCGCGAGCUGCGCCAGACGCUCUUCACGCCCUCCUACGGCGUGGUGCCCUGCUGCACCAGCCUCGAGAAGCUGCUGCUCUACUUUGAGAUCCUGGACCGCACGCGCGAGGGCGCCAUCCUCUCGGGCCAGCUCAUGGUGGGCCAGAGCACCGUGCCCCGCUACCAGAACCUGCGCGUCUUCUACGCCCGCCUGGCGCCCGGCUACAUCAACCAGGAGGUAGUGCGCCUUUACCUGGCUGUCCUCAGCGACCGCACGCCCGAGAACCUGCACGCCUUCCUCAUCUCCGUGCCUGGCAGCUUCGCCGAGAGCGGGGCCACCAAGAACCUGCUGGACUCCAUGGCCCGCAACGCCUGCCUGGACGCGCUGCAGCUGCCCCGGUCCUGGCUGAACGGCUCGGCGCUCCUGCAGCACAUGCGUUUCAGCAGCCCCUUCUACUUCAGCUUCAGCCGCUGCGCCCUGUCGGGCGGCCACCUGAUCCAGCGGGUCAUCAACGGCGGCCGCGACCUGCGCAGCCUGGCCAGCCUCAACCUCAGCGGCUGUGCGCACUGCCUCUCACCAGACGCCCUCUUCCGCAAGGCGGAGGACGAGAUCGACAGCAGCAUCCUGGAGACGGGCUUCGGCAAGAAGGUGCGCAUCGGCGUGCCCUCAGGGCCCGGCCCCUUCGCGGGGCAGCCGACGCCGCAGCCCGCCUCCGUGUUCUGGUCGCUGCUGCGCAGCGUGCCCUUCCUGGAGCGCCUGGAGCUCAUCGGCUCCAACUUCUCCUCGGCCAUGCCCCGCAACGAGCCCGCCAUCCGCAACUCCCUCCCGCCCUGCAGCCGGGCGCAGAGCGUCGGGGACGCCGAGGUGGCUGCCAUCGGCCAGCUGGCCUUCCUGCGGCACCUGACACUGGCCCAGCUGCCCAGCAUCCUGACGGGCUCCGGGCUGGUCAGCAUCGGCCUGCACUGCCAGCAGCUGCAGUCGCUGUCGCUGGCCAACCUGGGCAUGAUGGGCAAGGUGGUGUACAUGUCCGCCCUCUCGGACAUGCUCAAGCACUGUAGGCGCCUCAAGGACCUCAGGCUGGAGCAGCCCUACUUCAGCGCCAACGCGCAGUUCUUCCAGGCCCUGAGCCAGUGCUCCUGCCUGCAGCGCCUGUGCCUGGUCUCCCGCAGCGGCACGCUCCAGCCCGACGCCGUGCUGGCCUUCAUGGGCCGCUGCCUGCACGUAGUUGUGUGUCACAUGUUCACCGGGGAGUCCCUCGCCACCUGCAAGAGCCUGCAGCAGUCCCUGCUCCGGAGUUUCCAGGCGGAGCGGCCAGCACUCAACGUGGUCAUCUUCCCCCUGCUCCACGAGGGCCUGACUGAUGUCAUCCGGGAUGUCCCGCUGGUGCACCUGGACGAGGUCACCUUGUUCAAGAGCAGAGUGGCCGAGGAGCCGCCCAACCUGUGGUGGUGA